GACGAUGGAGAAGAGCGUGGUGUAUCAGGAGACGGUCGUUCUCCUUGAGCAGCAGGCCGUGUUUGGACGCGGCCUUCACGAUUGUCGGUCCGCGAGAGGCAGAGAAGAGGCGGGAAGAGGUAGUCGCCAUCUUCUGCAAGCAACGGAUGCCCAGCAUCACGGCCGAGUUUCUGGACAAGUUUCCCAACCUCCGCGUGGUGAGCACGCACAGUGCGGGCUGGCUACGAGAACAUCGACGUGGAGGCGUGCAAGUGGCGCGGGGUUCGUAUCGGCACAGUAGGCGGGGCGCUCAGCAGCUCCACUGCGGACAUGGCUUUCGCUCUGCUCCUAGCGUCCGCUCGUCGAGUUGUGGAACUGCACGCCGUCGCGACGAGCCCUAACUGGACGGUGCUAGACGACAAUCUAGGGGUUGAAGUCAGCGGCGGGGUGCUGGGGAUAGUAGGAAUGGGUAGGAUAGGACUGGAGGUAGCAAAAAGAGGUCGAGGAUUCGACAUGACGAUUCUCUAUCACAACAGAAAUAGGAGACCCAAAGACAUCGAAGAUAGCGUGAGUGCAACAUACGUCCCCUCCCUCCACGAACUACUGUCUCGAGCCGACUUUGUAGUGGCCGCAGCUCCGGGGACCAAAGAGAAUUACCACAUGUUUGACUCUCGCGAGUUUGCUGCAAUGAAAACCAACGCCGUGUUUGUGAACAUCGGGCGAGGGAGUCUGGUGGACCACCACGCCCUGGCAGGGGCGCUGCAGAGAGGCGAGAUUGGCUCUGCUGGUCUAGACGUGACAGAACCAGAACCUCUGCCUCGAGACCACCCUCUCCUCUCUCUAGACAAUGUCAUCAUCACCCCGCACAGAGGGAGUGCAACAAUGAAGUGCAGAAUGAGGAUGAUACACACAGCAGUGAAGAACAUUCAGGCAGCCCUCAAUGACGAACCAAUGCCUAGUGAAAUCACCUCCUAGCUUCAAUGUAAUUAUCAUUGUGUUUGCAA